AUGUGGGUCUCACAUGUGAAGGAAGAGAGUAUCUUCGUGAGCCUGUCGGGGCCAGGUGGCCGCCUUAUGUUGGCCAGUCUGGUCUGGGGUGGCCAUCCAUUUGGACUCAUGACCUACCUGAUUGACGACUGUCGGCUGCGGGGCGGGGCCUGGCUGUGCGCACCUGAUCGCCCCUUUUCCCUGAAGCGGGAAGGUGUGGAAGAGCUACCUUUGGCAGCUGUUUUCCUCUGGACCCCACACCCUCCUGCGCCCUGCGUGCUGCGCCGCUCAGACCGGCGCUCCGAGAAGUACCCAGCGGCUGUGCAGCUCCCCGAGGGGGCCUCCUCCAGCUGCAUGAGCAUCCGGAGUGCCAGCCAGCCAGGGUUUGAGCUGGUCAUCGUCUGGAGGAUGCACAUAGAUGAAGAAGGGAAGGUUUUGCCGAAGCUGGAUCUUCUCACCCAAGUGCCACAGCGAGCCCUGGAGCUGGACCGGAAGGGAGCAGUCGCAGCUGCUCCUCUUCACUUCCGGGCCCUGCUGGGCCUGCUGGGCAUCGAGGCGGCUCUGGAGAGCCUGCUGAGGCUGCUCUGCGCGGAGGGAAACCCCGGUGCCCACCCAGCACCGCCAGGGGCCUGGGAUGUUACUGAAUAGAAACCACACCCUCAGCACACGUCUGUGCAGUGGUGACACAUGAUCUAUCAACUGUCAGGUCAUGAAAAACACAGACAGCUGUUUAAACACAAAAUGAAAAGCCUGACACAUGAGGAGCAGCUGUGCCCCCUCCCACCCCCAGUAGGCUCUCCCCUCCCCUCGGCCUCCCGAGCUGGAAAGCCGCUCCCCUCAGCCAGUCCUGACACGCACUCUUCUUGACCCAAAACAGCAAGUCUGCACUUCAACCUGCAGUGGGACAGUGAGACCCACUGUCCCCCACAGGCCUGAGCCGUCCCUCCCCUCCCACGCCCCCUCUGUCCCACCCGUGAGCCCCAGUUCCAUGCGCAUCCAGCAGGUAGAGUCUAACGCCUCCUGCCCCCACACUAACAGAAGAUGGGCAGCACUUGAGUAUUUUUCCGACCCUCUGAGUACAGAAGUAAAUGUUAUGACAGAAUUAAAGAAUAAAUUCUAGAAAAACUGGCGUAA